AUGAAAUCGCGUGAACUACGCCCGAGACUUAAAACUGCCAAAAUCCAAGAUCGGCCAUUUCGCCGAACGACUGCCUUCAAAAAUAACGAUAGCGACGGCGAAGACGAGUCGGAAGGUAGCUCAAGUGAGGAAGUGGAAGGAGAGGAACUAAAUGCACUACGGCAGACUGCUUCCACAUGUCAACGAGCAGUAUUGAAGGCUGAUGAACCAUUAUCUUUGGCCAAGUCCUUCUUGGAAUUGGGUCUGAGUUCUUGGCUGAUACAACAACUCAAUACGAUGCGUAUAAUGAAGCCUACGCCUGUUCAGGCUAACUGCAUCCCUCAAGUGUUGAAAGGACAAGAUGUGCUAGGCUGCGCAAAGACAGGAACAGGCAAAACUCUUGCUUUCGUUCUUCCAAUCCUUAAUGAAUUGGCUGUGGACCCCUAUGGGAUCUUCGCACUCGUUCUGACACCUACCCGAGAGCUAGCUUCUCAAAUUUACGAUCAGUUCGUUGCGCUUGGAAAACCGAUUGCUCUCAAAGUCUCUUUGAUUACGGGUGGCCGAAGCUUGAUCGACCAAGCUAAUGAACUCACAGCCCGUCCUCAUGUGGUAGUGGCUACUCCCGGUAGGCUUGCCGAUCACAUCGAAAGUAAUCCGGAUGGAUUAGGACAGUUAUUCAAGUUAGAAUCCUUUUCGUACGAGACUCCCAUACCGCAUUUUCAGCAACAUACUAGAUUUAGGAAAAUCCAGUUCUUUGUCUUAGACGAAGCAGACCAUAUGCUCGAUGGCCAAUAUAGCGAGCAGCUGAAAACUAUCUUCCUCGCCAUUCCCAAAAAGCGUCGAACGCUACUCUUCUCAGCGACUAUCACAAGUGCCAUAACCAAGCUUCACCAGGUCUCGGUAAAAAAGCCAUAUUUCUUCGAGGAUAAGCAGGAGAUUGCUACUGUAGAACGGUUAGAGCAAAAAUACGUCUUGUGUCCUGUCGCAGUCAAAGAUGCUUAUCUGGUUUAUGUUGUCAAAAAUUACUGCGAACGCAAUGAGAACAGUUCAGUGAUCGUCUUCUCGCAGACAUGUAGGGAAUGCCAAGCUUUAGCUUACAUGUUUGAGGGUUUAGGCUUCAAGGUCGGAUCUCUUCAUUCACAAAUCGAGCAGAGACUACGCACAGCGGCUUUGAAUUCGUUCCGCUCCAAAACGCUGCGAGUUCUGAUCUGUACGGAUGUUGCAUCUCGUGGUCUUGACAUACCUCAUGUGGAUCUCGUUGUUAAUCACAAUGUACCGAAGAGUCCAAAAACUUAUGUUCAUCGAGUGGGAAGAUAUGGUGCUGCUCUAACUUUUGUUACGCAGUAUGAUGUCGUUCUGAUUCAAGCCGUGGAAGAAUUGAUAGGAAUGAAACUGGAAGAACUGAAGGUGAGCGACAGAAAAGUAACCCAAUACGUCACGAAAGUGAUAGUGGCCAAA